UGGCCUUGUUUUGUUUGCCGUGCGACGACAACCAACACCACACACACACACGCCCCCACCCGUACACACACACACAUACACAUCAGCACAGGCGGUGCCUUGGCCACACGAGUGCCAUCUGCCAAGCCAUCCCCACACUACUUGGCCCUCGACUGCAUCACACCAUUCUCACGUGCUCAAGUGGCAACAAAGGCCUCACCCCAGCACAACACCUGUCUUGUCCGUGACAAACCAAAACCCACACCAGGAAAUGAUGAUGUGUCGUGGCGUUGUCGUGCUGGUCACCGUGGUGUCCUUGUUCCUGGGACUUUGCAUCCAAUCACAGCCAACGGCAGCACAAGAGUUGAUCCAAAAAGACUUUGACUCUGUUACGCUGAAUCGAACAGAGUGGCUCUGCUACAACGCGGACAGUACUGCGAGUCUUCGCUUGCUGCAAAGCUGUCCGCUGACCGUGUCCGAGCAUGCAUGGUCGGCCGAGAUCCCCUCCGGCUUUGCCACAUGCUCCAGCGCGGCUCAGCCCGCCAACGCACAGCAGUUCAAUGUGCUCGUGUCGCCGCCCAUCUCCGUACCCGACGACCUGUACGUAAGCUUCCGCAUCGACUUUACACAGAACAACACCCUGUGUCCCGACGGUGCCUGCGACAGCCAGCUGCUGGUGGCCGUCGUGGACACGGCGGUCCUUGAAAACAACCUGCCGAUGGCGGCCGACUACAACUUGUACGUUGUGGACAACGAUUUGGCGACGUUCUUCAGCGACAUGGCGAGCAGCGGUACCAAUUCGCUGGCGCGCAUGAGCCUCCUAGAGUCCAGCAUCAUGUCACCGCGUCUUCGCCGCUCCGUCACGGAGGUGUCCCUCGUCUUCUUCGACCGCGGCACGUGCUCGACCGUCGCCAACGUGACAGUCGUGCGCACGCGGUGCCUGCCGACCGCCGAGCUGUUCAAUGCCACGCUGCCUGGAACCGACCUUGGCCGUGCGGCGAGUGGCACGUGCAACGCAGGCUUUGCCUCUGCUGACACGGUCCUUGCCUCGUGCGAGGAGGACGGCUACAAGCUGCUGUCUGGCGACUGCGCGCCUGCCAUGACCACGGCAGCACCCGCAGGCACGACCACCGACCCCAACGGCGGCAGCAGCAGCAGCAGCACCGGUGGCCUGGAGCCGGGGCCCAUCGCAGGCAUUGCGCUUGGCGUGCUGCUGCUCAUAUUGGGUGGUGUUGCCGCGGGUUUUUUCCUCCGCAGCGGCGGUGGCAGCAACAGGAAGACGGCGCCUGCGCUGUACGAACUUGAGGCGAAGGCGCCGCGCAUGAGCGGCAUGUACCGGGUGAAUCUCAACCUGCAAUACAACCAGUUUGACCACGGCGCUGGUGCGGACGACGGCAUGUACGAGGACCCGUCCAAGUAUGAGGACUUUUCGCAGCUGACGUCGCUUGUGAGCCGCAAGACGCGUCACAUCCCCUCCGACAGCGUCACCCUCAUCGCCUGUGUUGGCAGCGGCGAGUUUGGCGAGGUCUACCACGCAGCCAUCAAGUUCGACCCAGCAAAGCCAGAGGAGGUGGACUGCGCUGUGAAGACGCUGCGCGAGGGCUCAACGCGCGAUGAUCAGAUUGAGUUUCUCAAGGAGGCCGCCAUCAUGUGCCAGUUCAACCAUCCAAACGUCAUUGGUCUCCUUGGCGUUGUCCUCGACAAGACUCCCAACAUGAUUGUCACGGAGCUCAUGCCACACGGCUCGCUGCUCUCCUACCUGCAGAAGCACACCGACACCCCCCUCACGCGCCAGCUGCAGAUGUCGCUUGAUGUUGCGCUCGGCAUGUCCUAUCUGUCGAAGAAGGGCUUUGUGCACCGCGACCUCGCCGCCCGCAACAUUCUCGUCGCAAACGACCUCACAUGCAAGGUUGCGGACUUUGGCCUGAGCAAAGAGAUUGAUGACAGCUCCGACUACUUCAUCUCGGAAGGCGGCAAGGUGCCCAUCAAGUGGACCGCCCCAGAGGCCAUCCAGCAGAGGAAGUACACGUCAUCCAGCGACGUCUGGUCCUUUGGCGUCGUCAUGUGGGAGAUUAUGGCCUUUGGCGAGAAGCCCUACGGGACAAUGAACAACUUUGAGGUGGUGCGCAAGGUGGAGGAAGGUUACCGGAUGGAUGCGCCGGCAAACUGCCCCGCCCCCGUGCACACGCUCAUGCACAUGUGCUGGGAGCUCGACCGGCGGCAGCGUCCAACGUUUGAGGCGAUUGUGGACAUGCUGGAGAAGAUGACGCGCGAGGCAACAAACAACGUCAAGCUUGAGGAGCCUGGUCGCAGCCGCACAUAUGAGCGGCCGGAGUCUGGGAUGGACUACGACGUUCCUCGACGAGAGAAGACGGCAACAGCAGCAACGGCGGCGGCGGCGGGGGUGGCAAUGCAGCCACCACAACACGGGCAGCAGCAGCAGCAGCAGCAGCAGGUGUAUCAGCCAACAUACCAGCUGCCACAGGAUGAUGUGAAGCAACAGCAGCAGCAAGCACAGCAUCAGCAUCAGCAGACAUACCAGCCCACGUAUCAACUACCACAGGACAAUGUACAUCAGCAGCAGGCGCAACAACAGCAACAACAGCAACAACAGGUGUACCAGCCCACAUACCAGCUGCCGCAAGACAAUGUUGGGCGCCAGCAGGGUGGCGGAACAACGUACAUCCCACAGCCGCAGCUGUCGCAGCAGCAAUCCCAGCAGACAUACCAGCCAACCUACCAACUGCCACAAGACACUAUGCAGCGCCAACAGCAGCAGCAGCAUGGUGGGCCAACAUAUGUUCCACAGCCAGCGAGCUCACACACGCCCGCGAAUCAGAUGACGUACCAGUUGCAGCCAAACACAACCGCGCAACCGGCAAGCACCAGCAGCGCGAUGCUUCCGCCGAGCGACCCGGCACCGUCGCGCCCACGACCAAAGCCGCGACCAAAACCGCGCUCGCGGCAGUCGUCAACACGGCCCCCGCACGCAGAGACGGACAUCUGAUGUGGUGACAUGAGAACAGUGUGUGUGUGUGUGUGUGUGUGUGUGUGUGUGUGUGUGUGUGUGUGUGUGUGUGUGUGUUGCAUGCUCGCUGCUGUUUUCCACCAUUCAUGGUGGUUUAUGUAUGUAGUUCUGAGCGAGCGAGAGAGAGAGAGAGAGAGCACCCAAUGAGUGAGUUGUUGACCAUUUUUCUUCUUCAUUGAUUGAUUGAUCGUUGCCAGUUAAGAGUGCCGAGAACGCCCGUCUUGGGUGCGAUACAACAUCACAAAACCAAAAGCAACACAUUAAAAUCAAACAACACCACA